AUGUUGGCGCAUGUGACAGCUGCGCGCAAAUGUGAACCUUUCAAAUUCGCGCAAAUUCUUGCAUUCUCGUCUCGAAAGCCUCCAAUUGACCAUGCAGUGUUUCGCUUGCUAUCUCUCGAGGAAGUGUGUUCAAGAUGGGAGAUGUGA